ACGCGUGCCGCUCAGCCCUGGCGGGCGGGGCGGGGGCGGGGCCGCUGUGCGUCAUCGGGGCGCGCACUGCAGACGGCGUUUUGGUUGCCGGAAGUUGAGUGGUGGCAACAAAUAAUGGCGGCAGCUACAAGGGAUCCUGGGCUCUCCAAAUUGCAGUUCGCCCCCUUUAGCAGUGCCUUGGAUGUUGGGUUCUGGCAUGAGUUGACCCAAAAGAAGUUGAAUGAAUAUCGGCUGGAUGAAGCUCCCAAGGACAUUAAGGGCUAUUACUACAAUGGUGAUUCUGCGGGGCUGCCAGCUCGCUUAACAUUGGAGUUCAGUGCUUUUGACAUGAGUGCUCCCACCCCAGCCCAUUGCUGCCCAGCUGUUGGAACGCUAUAUAACACCAACACACUCGAAUCUUUCAAGACUGCAGAUAAGAAGCUCCUUUUGGAACAAGCAGCAGAUGAGAUAUGGGAAUCCAUAAAAUCAGGUGCUGCUCUUGAAAACCCUGUGCUCCUCAACAAGUUCCUCCUCUUGACAUUUGCAGAUCUAAAGAAGUACCACUUCUACUAUUGGUUUUGCUACCCUGCCCUCUGUCUUCCAGAGAGUAUACCUCUCAUACAAGGGCCAGUUGGUUUGGAUCAAAGGUUUUCACCAAAACAGAUUCAAGCCCUUGAGCGUGCAUAUGAUGAUCUUUGUCAAACAGAAAGAGUCACAGCCCUUCCUUACUUCCUAAUCAAGUAUGAUGAGAAUGUGGUGCUGGUUUCCUUGCUUAAACAUUACAGUGAUUUCUUCCAAGAUCAAAGGACAAAGAUAACAAUUGGUGUAUAUGAUCCCUGUAACUUAGCCCAGUACCCCGGAUGGCCUUUGAGGAAUUUUUUGGUCCUAGCAGCCCACAGAUGGAGUAGCAGUUUCCAGUUUGUUGAAGUCCUCUGCUUCCGUGACCGAACCAUGCAGGGAGCGAGAGACGUCACCCACAGCAUCGUCUUCGAAGUGAAGCUUCCAGAAAUGGCGUUUAGCCCAGAUUGUCCUAAAGCAGUUGGAUGGGAAAAGAACCAGAAAGGAGGCAUGGGACCGAGGAUGGUGAACCUCAGUGAAUGUAUGGACCCUAAAAGGUUAGCUGAGUCAUCAGUGGAUCUAAAUCUCAAAUUGAUGUGCUGGAGAUUGGUCCCUACUUUAGACUUGGACAAGGUUGUGUCUGUCAAAUGUCUGCUACUUGGAGCCGGCACCUUGGGUUGUAAUGUAGCUAGGACAUUAAUGGGCUGGGGCGUCAGACACAUCACUUUUGUGGACAAUGCCAAGAUCUCCUACUCCAAUCCUGUGAGGCAGCCUCUCUAUGAGUUCGAAGACUGCCUAGGAGGUGGUAAGCCCAAGGCUCUGGCUGCAGCUGACCGGCUCCAGAAAAUAUUCCCCGGAGUGAAUGCCAGAGGGUUCAACAUGAGCAUCCCCAUGCCUGGACAUCCAGUUAACUUCUCCAGUGUCACCCUAGAGCAAGCCCGCAGGGAUGUGGAGCAACUGGAGCAGCUCAUCGAAAGCCACGAUGUCAUUUUCCUGCUGAUGGACACCAGGGAGAGCCGCUGGCUUCCUGCCGUCAUUGCUGCAAGCAAGAGAAAGCUGGUCAUCAAUGCUGCCUUGGGAUUUGACACAUUUGUUGUCAUGAGACAUGGCUUGAAGAAACCAAAGCAUCAGGGAGCUGGGGACUUGUGUCCAAGCCACCCUGUGGUAUCUGCGGACAUCCUGGGCUCAUCACUUUUUGCCAACAUCCCUGGCUAUAAGCUUGGCUGCUAUUUCUGCAAUGAUGUGGUUGCCCCAGGAGAUUCCACCAGAGACCGGACCUUGGACCAGCAAUGCACCGUGAGUCGCCCAGGACUGGCCAUGAUUGCAGGAGCCCUGGCAGUGGAAUUGAUGGUUUCUGUUUUGCAGCAUCCAGAAGGGGGCUAUGCCAUUGCCAGCAGCAGUGACGAUCGCAUGAAUGAGCCUCCAACUUCUCUUGGGCUUGUGCCUCACCAGAUCCGGGGAUUUCUGUCACGGUUUGAUAAUGUCCUUCCUGUCAGCCUGGCAUUUGACAAAUGUACAGCUUGUUCUUCCAAAGUUCUUGAUCAAUAUGAACAAGAAGGAUUUAAUUUCCUUACCAAGGUGUUUAAUUCUUCACAUUCCUUCUUAGAAGAUUUGACUGGUCUUACAUUGCUGCAUCAGGAGACCCAAGCCGCUGAGAGCAAAUACAGCUAAAUAAGUCUUCUCGAUAUCAGUGAACAAAGAACCUUCAGCAAUUACUAUAUGUGCAGGUUCUGUCCAAUAGGUGUCUAAUGCACAAAAUUACUGAUAAAGGAAGUACAGGCUAUUGAUUGCCAAGUACCUCUUGUACUUACUGAAGAUCUGCAUGUGCGUAUGGCUGUUGGAGAAUUGGCUAAUGUCCAUAUUUCAAAAUGAAAGUCAGUAAAGACAUUGAACUCUGGCCACGUUCUUAAGAAAGAACAUAUUGGACUCUAGGCCAUGUUCUUCAGAAACAACGUGCCUAUCUUAUAUUUCACAAUUUGAUCAGUCUUCUUAGGCCAUGGAACCCCAUCAUGAGAUGGCUUCCCCAGUCAUAACCUGAGAGAGUUACUUUUUCUCAGCUAAAAUAUCUUACAGAUCUUAAUGUCCUGGUCAUUGCAUCAUCUUUUGUAAGGGCUCAGUUUUAAAAAUAGAUUAUCAUUUUAUUUUUUUCAAAUGCUCACUGUUCUUAGAAAUGGGAAUGCUGCGUAUGAUAGUAGAGCUAUUCGAGUCACUUGGCAAAAUGUACAAUUCCUCAGAAUAGUUGAGUGGGAUUUAAAUGAGAUGAAAUCAACAUUUUUCCCCUUAGUUACCUGGGUGAAGAAGCUAUUAGAAAUGUGACUUAUGAAGCGUUUCUACAAGCUAUAUAAGGAAAACAUUUACUGCCUGUGUUCUGCAGGGGUGCCACACUAGCAAAGUUGCCAUUAGUCCUGUUGAUGGAUAAACUCCCCAUAGGUUGGGCAUCCUCACCACUAGAGGAGGUCCCAAGUAGUCAGUGAAUAGAUGGCCUGGCUCAAUAUUGGACCAGCCAGUGGCAAAAGGGCUAUUGUUUGGAGAGGUGGAGCUAACACUGAGUAUAGAAAAACCAUGUGUGAAUACUAGAGUCAAACCCCUUGGAGCUUUUAGAAGAUUGGGAUAAGCUUUUCAGGCACACUGGGGAGGCAAGAUAGUACAUCUCUAAUGCUAGACUUAGAACUGAAACCAGUUCUUCUUCAACUUGCUUUGAUGUCCUCCAGGCAUUAAACAGAUACAGUCUUCCACUUAUGGCCAGUAGUUGGAACCACAAGAAAUCUCUUAUCUUCAGUUUCAGGAGAUGAAUGUCAUCUCUACAGAACUUUGAGAUUGACCCCUGUCCCCAGAAUUUUGAUUGAGUUACCAGAUAGGUUCAGAACACUAUUUUGAUUGCCUGCCAUAUUGUCUUUUGAGCAGUUCUAUUCUGCCUGAUGUAUGGGAUAAGUAACUUAUAGAUCCUUGCAACCAUAUAGUCAUUUGAUGAGAUGGCUUGGGGGUGCUUAGCUACUUAGCUGAAGUAAUUUACAUGUUUCUCUUUAGUUGGACAGAAGAAUUGUAACUCGAAAUUGACCGUAUAUUUCACUCUUUACAACAGAACAGAUACUAGGAUAAUGGGCAGAUUCCUUGAUUUAAUGUUUUGCAUUUUAGUUGGCCAAAUGUUAAUAGCUUUUUUAAAGACUCAGAAGAGAAGGAAGGGGAAGUUUAAGAGAACAAUAGAUGGUGGGGCAGGCAGAAGGGAGUAUGGUUUCAUCCACAAGUCUGAGUUUUCCUUUUGAAUUUUUCUCCAUUAAAUUAUAUUUAUAGUUUUGGAAUCAUAAGCCAAACAUCAAAUAUUAGAUUAGAGAUGGUAAACUAGCUGGCCUAUGAGCUAGCUAUGGCUUACAGGUGUGUUGUUUUUGGCCUGCUGUAUGUGUUAAAUUUAAAUAAAGCCAACAUUUAAAAAUGAGUUUUACAUAAGUAAAAGUUUUACAUAAAAGUCUGAAUUUUUACAUAAAACAUGAGUUUUACAUAAAAGUCUGAAUUUUCUCUUUUCUAAUUUCUUUGAAAAGUUACAUCUGGCAGUUCCAGACCUGCAUUCCUUAAUAGUGAUGGUUAGCUGGAGCUGAGAAGUAAAUUUCAUAGAUAAAUAAUGCACUUGAUAUGAAAUUUAAAGGUAUAAGAAAUAUUCUGUAAAAAGGAAGUCUUCCUUCUACACCUACCUGUCCCUUAGCUCCACGGUUCCCUUCCUGGAGACAAACACCGUUGUGAGAUUCUUGCCCAGAGAUACUCUUUAGGUGAUACUCUCCACUUGGGUGAUUCUCUUCAGUCGAUGACCCUUAGAGGUAUUUGGGUUUGUAACCUCAGUCUUAGAAAAGGGUCAUUAUUUCUUACCUCUAAAUAGGACUAUGUUUUAAGAUAAGGUCUAAAAUACAAUACUCAUUGGAGGACCUCAUAGCAACAAAUAUCAUCCUGCCUACAUCAUUUUGUACAACUUUGAAAAGUGUGUGUGUGUAAGCAAAAUAAACAUGUAUAUCAAAAUAUACACAUGCUUGUGUAAAUGUGUUUAUAUUUAUGUGCUGAUUUUCAGUGCAUUUACAGAUGUUUGGUAAAAAAUAUGCAAAAUUCUGCAUUUGACAUAGAAAGGUUUAUUUUAGCAACACAAUCAGGAUGCUGAAUUCUCAUUUUUAGGUUAACUGUUUUCAUCAGUCAACAUUGGAAUUGCAAAAGAUUCAGCUAAAUAAUUGUAUGUGACAGUAUUAUUAUAUAUCUUGUUUAUAAAAUAUGUAUUUUUUUAAAGUUUACUGAAUGUCAUUUGAAAAUUUAAUACCAAACAUUAUGCUAGUAACUAAUUAUAGAAGUUAAUGAGACACUGACCUUCAUGGGCUCAUAAUCUAGUAUGAGAAGCUGAGAUGUAAAUAGUGAGCUCUAAUAUCAUCAAAAAUGUUUUAAUCAUUUAUAAAGUGCUGAGAGAGCAGUUACUUCUGCCCAGGAGAGUAGGGAUGUCAAAGAAAGCUUCACAGAAGAGAACAAGUAUUUCAAUUAGUUUUAAAGGAUGAGUUGGGUAUUUUUAAAAAUAAAAGUUGGAGUCGAGUGCAGUAAUUCACGCCUAUAAUCUCAGCACUUUGGGA